CCGGAGCGCAGAGGGGCGGAGGCGGCCGCCACACCUAGGGCGCCCCGGAGCGCCCGGGGCUGGCGCGGGCGGAGCCGCCCGGAGGGCCGCGCGUGUCCCCGGCCUCGGCCCCGCCCCGCGCCGUCCAAUGAGAGCCCGCGGCCAGAGGGGCUGUCCGCACACUCUGCCCGCAGCCCCACUCCGCGCCGCCGACCCCCUGACACCGCACCCCGCACCCCGCACCCGGGCAGCGCGCCCCAGACCCCGAGCUCCGCGCGCCGUCGUCGGCUUCCGGACGCCGCUCCCUGCGCCCCUCUCCGGGACCCUGCGCCCCGGUUCCUGGACUCCAGGUGCCCCUAGUUCCCCAGGCGCCGGCGAGCCCUAUGGCCCCCCAAGGGGGUGAAGUAGGAGCAGCCUGAGUACCCGCAGCCGGUGCCCCGUCCACGCCCCCACCCCCCCGGGGCCGCGCGGCGGGAGUCUUCGGGGAGCUAUGCUGAGGCCGAGUGGUGCGGAGGAAGCCGCGCAGCUCCCCCCUCGGCGCGUCCGCGCCCCUGUCCCCGCGCCGGCGCCCAGACCCGCAGCCCCCGACGGUUCUCCGGCUUCGCCCCGCCUGAGUCUUGCCUGUCUUCUGCUGUUGCUGCUGCUGACUCUGCCGGCCCGCGUAGACACAUCCUGGUGGUACAUCGGGGCACUGGGGGCCCGAGUGAUCUGUGACAAUAUCCCUGGUCUGGUGAGCCGGCAGCGGCAGCUGUGCCAGCGUUACCCAGACAUCAUGCGCUCAGUGGGCGAGGGGGCCCGAGAAUGGAUCCGAGAGUGUCAACACCAGUUCCGCCACCACCGCUGGAACUGCACCACGCUGGACCGGGACCACACUGUCUUUGGCCGUGUCAUGCUCAGAAGUAGCCGGGAGGCAGCAUUUGUAUAUGCCAUCUCAUCAGCAGGGGUGGUCCACGCUAUCACUCGAGCCUGUAGCCAGGGUGAACUAAGUGUGUGCAGCUGUGACCCCUACACCCGUGGCCGACACCACGACCAACGUGGGGACUUUGACUGGGGUGGCUGUAGUGACAACAUCCACUAUGGUGUUCGCUUUGCCAAGGCCUUCGUGGAUGCCAAGGAGAAGAGGCUUAAGGAUGCUCGGGCCCUCAUGAACUUGCAUAACAACCGCUGUGGUCGCACGGCUGUGCGGCGGUUUCUGAAGCUGGAGUGUAAGUGCCAUGGCGUGAGUGGCUCCUGUACUCUGCGCACCUGCUGGCGUGCACUCUCAGACUUCCGCCGCACAGGUGAUUACCUACGGCGGCGUUAUGAUGGGGCUGUGCAGGUGACAGCCACGCAGGAUGGUGCCAACUUCACAGCAGCCCGCCAAGGCUAUCGCCGUGCCACCAGGACUGACCUUGUCUACUUUGACAACUCCCCAGACUACUGUGUCUUGGACAAGGCUGCAGGUUCCCUAGGCACUGCAGGCCGUGUCUGCAGCAAGACAUCCAAAGGGACAGAUGGUUGUGAAAUCAUGUGUUGCGGCCGAGGGUACGACACAACUCGAGUUACCCGAGUCACCCAGUGUGAGUGCAAAUUCCACUGGUGCUGUGCUGUGCGGUGCAAGGAGUGCAGAAACACUGUGGACGUCCAUACUUGCAAGGCCCCCAAGAAGGCAGAGUGGCUGGACCAGACCUGAACAUAUAGAUACCUCACUCAUCCCUCCACUUCAAAUCUCCUGACUCAAAAAAGCACAAGAUCUUUGCAUGCACACCUUCCUCCACCCUCAACCCUGGGCUGCUACAGCUUCUAUUUAAGGACUUGGAGAGUGAUCCAGAGGGACUCUCCUGUCCUGGCUGGUUCCUUAGCCCUGGGAAGGAGUUGACAGGGGAUGUAAGAAACUGAGCAGCUCCCUGACUCCCCCCUCUGGAGGUUGGAAGGGAGAGUGAAAGAGGUAGGGGUCUUCAGAGUGAUAUGAGUUGCACUAAAGCACAUGGUCAAGGCUCAUUUUUCCUUUCCCUUGCACUGGCUUCCUGAGACUUCUGUGUGCAAGAGGAAGGGUACUUGGAGAGAGCUUCUUUCUGUUCCUGCUUGGUUGAGGGUAGAUGGGACAGAGAUGAAACCACAUAUCUCUUCCCUGGGUCAGUUUGAGCAGACUGCCUGGUACCCCAAAAGAAACUCUCAGGCUACGACAUUCUUGCAUUAUCCGGAGCCUGGGAUUGCUAGACCAGGGUUAGCUAUAGUGGACAAAGUUCCAUUCACAUGUUCAUAUGUUUAUAAACUGCUGUGUUUUGUAGGAGAAAAAAUUAUAUAACUACAUAAACAUACAUUCUCUUCCAGUCUCUCUCUCCUUUUCAAUCUAUAUCAGACAGCACUGCCUUUUUUGUUCACUUGCUGCCUGUUCAAACUGAGUGGCAUAGGCAGUGGUUCCCAUGCCUAACAGAUCAUUAGAAGAUCCUGGUACACUCCUGAGAGAAAGUAAUUUAGUAAGUCUACCUAGGCCUUGGGAUUCUAUUUUUUUUUAAUUUUCCACACAUUCUGUUGGUCAGCCAGGUCUGGGAAACACUGAGGAAAAACUGUGCGACUCAUGGAGGGUGGGAGAGGGUAGCAGGCCUGAUCUCAAGGGCCCACAUGAGGCCUCAGUGUAUACCAGGCAGUUAGGGCUCUCUGGCUUUAGCAGUUUUUAGGAGCCUUUGAAGCCAGGAGCGGGAGCCAGGGGCUACAAAGGGAAGGAGAGCUGGGGCUUGGGGCCAAAGUGGUAAACAGUUUAGAAUGCAGUCUUUCCUCAUUUAUUCAACACAUCUUUAUUUAGUGACUCUCUAUGUUCAGGUGGUUAUUAUUGUUCACUCACAUUUGGCUCAAAUAGGGGAGUUCCUUCGAUGCUACUCGCCACUGUCUAACUGAGCUUGCAGCAGUGGAGCCUCCAGAGAUAGUGGCCUUUGUAAGCUAGAGAGUAGGUAGGACACAGAGUCCCCAAUACCAUGAUGUCCUACUUUUAUGUGACUUGGACAGUGGUUAUCUCUUGCCUGUUGAUAUAUUAAAGGAGCAGAGUAAUAGAAAUUUGCAGCUCUGACAGACCUGGGUUAAAAUCACAGCUGUGCCACUUAACAGUUUUUGAUAUUUUGAGCAAGAUACCCAAAUUCUCUGAGCCUUUAUCUUCCCAUCUGUAAAAUGAGGGCAUGAACCCAACUCAGAUAUUGAGUUUUAAUUAUGCCCCAAACUCUAGCCAACAGACACUGUUACCAAAGCCCCUAACUGGUCUGGGCCAUCAUGACUUCUCUUGGAACUUUCAAUUCAGGACUAUAAAGUAUUAACAGCAGGCUGUAGAUUAAGGGGCCGACACAAGGAAUUCUGAAUAUAGCCCGCCCCCCUCCUUUCCCAAGUUCCUCUCCAACAUCCCUUGAGGUCCUCACAUGUUUGUGGGGCAGCUUCACUCUGCAUAGGCAGCAGAAGCAUGGGGGAGCCAUAGCUCUGGGCCAUGGGGGCAGAUUUAUUUGGAUGAUAGGACUAAUAUUUGUAUAACCUGCUGAGACCUGUGUGGGAGAGUUUAGGGUGGUUUUUCUUUUGGUGAGGGGGUUUGCUCCAGUUUCACAUCCAUUAACACAAAACAUGAGCUAGUCAGGGCCCUUGUGGUCUGUGGUGAGGGGAUUCCUGUGGAGAAAUGGGACUGAGUGAGUCAGGCCAAGGGAAUGUCUUCCUUGCAGAGUGGAGUCAACUGGAUAACUGAUGAGCCAAUGGUAGGAUUAGGGAGGGGGAAAUGGGAGGGGAAGAGAAGAGCUUCUGACAGCUUGAGCUGGAUUAAGAGGAGGAAAGCUCUGGGGUAGUGGGAAGGUAAGGGGGUCAAAGUCAGUCUGAACUCAAGAAUAGAGUUGAAUGAAUUUACAACAGGGUGCUGUCUUGUAUGCUGGGCCACUGGGAAGAGUGUCAGGUCCCAGUUAGCCUCUGCUCUCACAAGAACAUCCAAGUUACCACGUAAGUGAUAGCAUAGGCCUUCCAUGGGAAAUCAAUCAGAGUUAAAUCUACCUGUGCUCUGUCAUCUAUUCUUUUUUUGGGUCUUACCCUGUGGAAGGAAGUGGGCCUCUUCUGGCAUGUCAUACUUUUCCCUGGGCUCUAGAUUCUAGUUCAUAAAGACCCAAGUUUUGCAAUUUCCUGUAAAUGGUUAAGAGAAGAGCAAGCUGUCCAGAGAAUGAGAGGUUUGAAAAGUGAGGUGGACGGCGAGAGAGAAAAGGUCCAUUUAAGCCCCACUACAGAGACUAUGUGGCCCCAAGAAGGAAUGAUGGCCAAGCAAUUAAUUUUUCCUCUUAGUCCUUAGCUUGCCUCUGCAUUCCGAUUGGCUUUAGACAACUGGCACCCAUUCUGCACUAUACAAACAGAAACUAAUUUAUUUGGAACAAGCAGCAAAGCAAGAACUUUAUUUGGUGCAGUUAGGGCUUCAUUUAGUUCUGCGGCUACUCAUUGCCUCUAAUCUCCCCCUCUCGCAUCCCUCCUCUAUUCAAUAGAGGUCUGUCCCUCAGAUCAGCUGUCUCAGCCUCUCUCUCCUCUCUUCCACCCCUUCCUGUUGGUCUUCAUUUUUUUUUAACUUUUAAUAUUUAGGUACAAUGCCUGGCAGAAAGUGCCAUUUGGAUACAAAGUUAACUUAAAAGACAUUAUUUCUAUCCCUUAAGGAUCUUAGAGUCUUUUAGAGAGGGCACAUGACUGAAGUACCUCGGCUGCACAGCCUGUAGCCAGUUUCUUUAAUGUAAAAGUAAGAAUACCAGCCUUAACCUAGGCCUGCAGUUAAGAGCCAACUUGUAUUAUCACUAGCUUUGAAUAACAGCAGUAACCCAUACUCUUCCUUAGAGUGAUGCUGGAAAAAUUAAAUCAGAGACUUCAGAUUAUUUAAAAGAAUCAAACAUUGCCUGGCCUUGAAGGUCUGUUUGCAAAAAGUCUUGUAGGUCUUACUUAUGACCACUCACUGCCUCAUUUCUCUUCUUCCCUGUUGCAGAGAGAAAUUUCUUCUCCUUUCUCUCAUCUCUUUUAGCAAGAAUAUCAACCACUAAGUCCUUUGCCAAAUUCUCAGACCCACUCAGGACAUUGGUUUGUACAAGGCUUAAUAUAAGAGAGAUAAUCAAGAUUUUUCUCCUCAGCUUUUCUGAGGUUUUAUUUAAAUGCCCUCAGUGGUCAUAGGGCAGAAGCCCAAGGGAGGCCGCCAUCGAGAGUAUGUUUCUCAUCCUUGAGAGGCAGUCAGUCUAGCUCCUACAGCCAAAUUACAGCACCAGAGAACAAUGUGAUGCAUUCCUGGGCAGGUCGGUGGGACCCUGGGCGCCUGGGCCUUGUGGAGAGAGGUGCCAGACACAGAGCUCUCCGUAAGCAAUCCUGCAGAGCCGCCCCCUGGGUGCAGAAAUGAAAUACGGGAGAGCUUCACAUUACACAGAGACCUGUAGCUCACACCUGGUUAUUGAUGGCCUUCGUGGAGGCCUCUGCCCCCACCCUCCACUUGGGAACUGCCUCCUACUACGGGGGUUGGGCAUCUUUGAAGCAAUGUUAGAAAACAAGAAAGAGAUGCUUCCUUUUCCCUCUUUGCCCUCCCUGUCAGCCUACGCACAAUCUUAUGGAUACUCACACACAUGAGGUGCUCAUAUAUGGACAUACGUGUAGCUUCUCUCAGGCUGCAUAAGAGUUCUAGUCAUUCUCCCUCUCCCCAACAACAACAAAAAAAACUAGAUUUCAAUAAAAUCCUUCAGAAAUCAUACCAACAACAGACUCAGUUAUAACCAAGGAAUAUUAAAAAGUUACAUUAUCAACAUGCAGGCAGCUGUUUGGUUUGGAGACUGAUAUUCCCCAGCAAGGUGGCAGGGGAAGGAUGCAGAAAGGGCAUAGAGAGAAGAGACAGUUACCACCCAGGCAAAGUGGCUGAGACCACAGAACUUCUGGCUGGUUCAUGCUGGAGACAGUGUGAUCUGUACCCUAUGUGCUAUGGAUGAUGGGGCAUUUCCUACAACUGCAUGACAUAUAAUUACCAAGUCUGCUGCUCAGGACCUGUUGUUUUUAAUUCAUUAGGUUAUAAAACAGGAUAGCUUUGGGGUCUAGAGAUGAUCUCCACAAGAGAAAGCUUCUGGAGGGGAGCAAGCAGUGGCUUUACUGUAAAUAUUUCACAAUUUCCGCAUUGACCUGAACUUUCCCAGAAGCUGUUAUUCUCUUUGAGUGAUUGGCAGGUUUCAGGCAAUAGCCAGUGAGGUGUCAGUAAUAUGCCUGUCCCUGACCCCAAAGGUCAAAGGGAUAGAAGAAAGGGAGAGUUUUAUAAGUGCAUUUUUAUACUUCCCAUCCAUGGCUUAAAUGAUCUCUGAGCAUCUUUGUGGCUAUUCCUCAUUUACUUAGAUGUUUUAGUCAUCCUGGAUUUGAGAAAACAAGGUAAGCAUUCUCCCUUUGGCCCCCUAACUCUGAACUAUCCUGGCUUAAAAUCUGCGUGUGCUCACUUCCAAUCUGCCUAUGAGACUAUGGAUGGAGCAGCUGGACAUGGGAGUUCUCUUUCUUUGACCAAAAGAAGCCAAAAUCUGGUGACUUUACUUCAACACCACCAGCCCCUAUAAGCAGGCCUGACCAAACAGAAAGGCUAAGCUGAGUGGCAAAAAAGGGAAGACAGUUUAAUCCACGGCUGUCCAUCCUAUCUGACAACUUUCAAGGUGGGACUUCCCCAAGAAUAACUGUGAUGUUCAUAAAAAGCUUUUUAAUGUAUAUAAUACUUUAGCACGUAUGUAAUUCUCACAUCAACUCUGUGAGGUAGGAGUUAUUCUCAUUGUACAGGUGCCAUUCAGAGAGGCUCAGUGAUUUGUCCAGGGUCACAUAGAUACUGAGGGUCUCAGGCAGAACUCAAACUCAGGUUUCUGACUUUAAGUCCUGUGUGCUCUCCUCAAAGACGGAAGAUGUCUAGGGCUGAGGCACCAGAGUGCCAGCACCUUCAGAACAGAAACUGACACACAAUAUUUUUGGAGAGUCUAUCUGAGCAGACAAAAGGAACAGCAUAGGCCUUCCCUGACCUCAUCAACGAAUCUCCUUUUUGUCAUUUCUGCCACUAUUACUGCCACCACCAAAUGAUCACUAUACUAAGUAGUCCACGUUUAAUCAACUCUGGCUCCUAGUUCUUUCUGUUCCUUUUUCUUCUUCAGAUUAACACUUAAAAAUUUGUUUGAAUUUUAUCUAGUUCUUUUAAAGUGAUGCUGAAUAUGCAGACAGUGUAGAAGUAGUCACGAGAAGUUAUGAGAGGAAAUUAUUGAGGCCUUGGGCUUUUAGAACAUGUAUUAGAAUCUCUUUUGAGACUUCACUCUUUUUAAAAACGCUGUCAACCCCUGAGCUAGGAAAGUAAGAACAGGGAAUAAGCAUGCUAAAAAACCGUCCUAUCCCAGGCCAUAUGCCUACUCACAGCCUAGUAAAGAUUCUGGGACCUCUAGCCGAGACAAUUUAUCUACACCAAGGCAAAGAGGAUCUACCCUGCAGAGAAACCCCUGCAAGAAGAGGCAGACAACAGAUUUUCACUUGAUCAAAAACUUUUGCGGCUCUCAACCCCUCCUCCACCCUCAUUCAAAAUCUGGACUUCUGUUUAGGUCCAAGACAGUGAGACAAAGCAGCUCCAAGAGAUGAUGUGUGCAGGGGGAACCCUUCCCUGUUCAACCCUGGAAUGCAUUCCGUUAGAGACAGCAUAAGCCCUCACAUACCCUACCUAUCCCACUCCUGCACCCCAACUGUGAAGGCAGAAAGGAAAACUGCAGGAACACAAUGUUCAUCAAUCAUAGACCUGGGAUGCUACAGCUCCCCGACCUGGGCCCCUACUUGAGCUAGGGGAAGACCACCUCAUGAAAACACUCUACCUAUAGUCAGUAUUUCUUCCAGAGCAAACCUCACUUUUUCGGUCCAUCGAUCUUGGCUCUCACUGCUCUCCCUGCUUCCCACCCCCACUGCCUCCGCAUGUGGGCUCAGAAGUCAUCAUCUAAAGAAUUCCAUUGCUCACCUCCUGCAUAGCAGCACAGCCCCAUGAGGCCGCACACCAGAUGGAGGGGAUAAAAGUACGAGGUCAUGGCUUCUAGCAAGAGGCUUUUUCUUAAACUAACCCUGACUCCUGGAAAAGAGGCAGAGCAGGAGAGUGUCGGGUGAGCUGCUGACGACAGCAGCUUCAUAGGUCUUGUGUAAAAAGGAAGGAAAAAGCUAACUUAGCUUUCAGUGGAAAUUUCCCUACUCCCAUCUCCAGGUCCACUACUGGUCUCACAUCUACUUCUUGAAGGUGUCUGAAUAGAAUGCAGAGAUUGUCAAACCAAAGGGUUAAAUCCUUCCCAACUGUAGGGAUCUAUUCAGCAGGCUGCGACACACACACAUGCCGAGGUGCAGGCCAAGCCCUAAACACAUGCCCUGUUUCUCCAGGAAUGUAACUAUGAAGUCAAGGGAAAGGGUAUGGAAGGUGGACUAGAACUCAGGGGAAAAUGAAAAGGUUGUCAGCAGGCCUUCAAAAUAUUUGUGUAUAAUAAACAAAGACAAGAGGAUGGAGGAGGAACAUCAUUCCUAGAAUCACUAUGCUUGUUGGGUGCCAAUACACAGAAGCAACAAUUACAAAACAACAAAACAGUUUAUGUAACAGACUGAAAAACAGAAGUGUCAAAAUAAAGAAAUCAGGUAAAUAAGUUUUUCGGGUUUUUUUUUAAAGAUUGGCCCUGAGCUAACAUCUGUUGCCAA